AUGUCUUCAACAACCAAGAAGAUCACUCUGAAGAGUUCCGACUGCAAAAGCUUCGAAGUUUCGGAGCCUGUGGCUAUGGAAUCGCAGACAAUCAAGCGCAUGAUGGAGGAGAAUUGCGGCAACAACGAUAUCCUUAUUCUGAACGUGAAGAGCAAGAUAUUGGCGAUGGUGAUUGAAUACUGUAAGAUGCAUGUCGAGGCUGAUUUGGAUUCUGAAUUCGUUAAGGUCAAUUAUUCCGAUUAUCUUACGGUUAAGGCUAUUGAGUGCUCUAAGAAGCUCUUCAAUGAAGUGAAUGAGGCUUGGGGAGUCACAGGUAACGUUUUGGCUAAGGGAAUUGAUUACUGUGAGAAGCAUGUCGAUGAUGCAGCCGCCAACGCGAGUUCCAGUGAUCUUAAAGUUUGGGAUGCUAAAUUCGUGAGGCAGAUUGAUAUGGAUACGCUUUGCGAUCUAAUGCUGGCUGCGAAUUACUUGAACAUCAAGGGUCUGCUGGAUCUUACUUGCCGGGCUGCACCGGAUCAGGCUCGUAGGGAAAAGGAACAGAUAUUUUUUAAAUUUGCUAUUGCUUUGGUUUUGUUUUGGAUUUUUUUCCGGUAGAUUAGGUUGAGGGACUAUGCUCAAUAGAUGAGACUGGUAUCUAUUAUG